AUGGGGGCGUUCGACGACUGCUGCGACGACUGCUGCUACAGCUGGAAGGACUACUGGUGGUGCGUGCUCUGCAUCGUCAUCCUAGCCGUCAUUGCCGUCAUCAUCAUCCUCGUCGUCGCGUUCGGCUUCGUCCGCCACGUCGACGUCUCCGUCGACGACGCCUCCCUCACCCGCCUCGCGCUCGUCAGCACACCAACGAUGACGGCGCUCGCGUACAACCUCUCGCUGACGCUCACCAUCCGCAACCCGAACUGGGCCAUGAGCAUGACCAACAGCAAGCCGCUGGAGGCGGCGUACAGCUUCGACGGCCAGCAGUUCGACCGCGUGAGGCUCGCCGACGAGGGUGACAAGCACCCCGCCGGCAAGACCAGGGUGUACAGGCUCACGACGGGCUCCGACGGCGCGCUCGUCUCGCUCGGCAACGCCGGCGUCGCCGAGUUCAAGAAGGAGAACGCCACGGGCGUGUUCGAGGUGGAGGUGGCCGUGAAGGGCGAGGUGAAGUACACGGCGCGCGUCACCAAGUGCGCCAUCGAGGCCACCUGCCCGCUCAAGCUGCAGCUCGCGCCGCCGGGGCAGGCGCCGGCGGCGCUCGUGUUCCAGAAGGUCAAGUGCAAGCUCGCCAAAGCGGAGAAGAACUGCUAG